AUGAUGUUGAAAAACGCUGUGUUCCUCGCGUUAGCUGGUCUACUAGCAUUGGCUUCGGCAUCCACGGAUACAUGUUUCCAUGAUGUAUCCAUGGAUUGUAGCCAAUCUUCCAACAGCCUUGGAAAGAUUUAUAUACUACAGCUAAGUUAUAUCAAAACUAUUGUCGUUAAACCCCGAUAUGAGAUAUGCCCAAUCAAUCUUGCAGCCCUGCCAAGCUGUAAUGCGAUCUAUGGGAACUUCGCCCGUCAGGGUAACGUGGCGAUAGAGCUCCAGGCGUACGCCAACCUACAUCUGCGCAGAUCAUACGAGUUCUUACUAUCAUCCGCCUACUACAACAAUUAUCAGACAAACCGACUGGGCUUCAGCAAACUGUUCAGGAAGCUCUCCGAUGAUGCAUGGAGCAAGACCGUGGAUCUGAUCAAACAUAUCACUAUGAGAGGUGGUUCGAUGGACUUCAUGGUCCGCAGCGCUAUAGAAUCGGUUAAGAACAGCACUACCGAGUUGCAAGAGCUUGAAGCGCUGGCUCAUGCGUUGGACGCUCAGAAGGAGUUGGCCGAGAGAGCCUUCUACAUCCACCAAGAGGCUACAAGGAAUAAUCACAAGACUCAUGAUGCCGAGAUCGCUCAAUACCUUGAAGAGGAGUAUAUCGAAGAUCAUGCUAAGAUAGUCCGUGACUUAGCUGGAUACACAACAGACUUGAAGCAGUUCAUUACAGCCAACAGCGGACAAGACCUAUCACUGGCUCUAUACUUGUUCGAUGAAUACCUUCAGAAAACAGCAUAA